CUGACCUUGAUAUCGAUACAUCGAUACAUUUCAAUCAGCUGAUGUUGAUACAAGGAAGAAAGUAAAUAAACGAAAUGGCAUUUUGCAUUGCAGUAAUUGGCAAAGAUAAUGCGCCCAUGUACCUGACCACCUCUGACAUGGAACAGGAGCUGGAUUUGCAGUACCAUGUUCAUGCAGCACUGGACGUUGUGGAGGAGAAGUGCCUGAUUGGAAAAGGAGCUCCCGAUUCAAAGGAGCUCUAUCUAGGACUGCUCUACUCCACCGAGAACCACAAAAUUUAUGGUUUUGUGACAAACUCCAGAGUGAAGCUCAUAGUGGUCAUCGACUCCAGUAACGUUGCCCUCAGAGAGAACGAAGUGCGAGCUAUCUUUCGUAAUCUGCACAUACUUUACACAGAUGCCGUUUGUAAUCCAUUCUACAUUCCCGGCGAGCCGUUGGCUUCCAAAAAAUUUGAUCGUGCAGUACAAAAACUAAUGAGCGGAAAUGCUUAGAUUUUAAGUUAAGACCGAUACCCUACAAUAAAACUAAUUAUCCAACA